AUGCCGUCAUGGGCGUUUGUUUUCAUGUUUGCGGAGAAGCCGCUGGUCAAAGCCAUCGACGAGUGUUUUGUGGAGGGGCUCGUUGUGGUGCUUUCGAGCAAGGACUCGCAAGUGAUAGCCGCAGAGGGUGAGAAACGGUCAUCCACAGCCUUGAAAGAGGCCGCAGACGUUUUGAUGGACUCCCCUUUGGCACUGCAGCUGCGCUACCUACAGACUCUUAGUGCCAUUUCAGCAGAGAAAAAUUCGACCAUUAUUUUCCCAUUUCCACUUGGCUUGGUACAGAGUCUCUUAAGGAAAGACUGA